UAUGCUGACAUGUUAAAAGGGGUAUUCGCUAAAACGCUCUUUAAAUGUAGGCUAGUCUAUGUUUUCACAGAGGCUGUUAGGACGAAUAAUAUUUUACUUUGAAGUUAUUUACCGGAGGUUCACUCUAUGUUGCCGAUAGUCUUUUCCUGAGCACAGAUUUCGGAAAGUGGAGGCCAGCAGCUACGUUACCCUCAAAUCGUCUGGGGUCCUCUUGUCAGAAAACUUUUUAAAAGCUCUUGACUGGCAACAAACGCUGUCAGUAACGUGGCGGACGCCCAGCCUCAGCGCCGAGCGCUGGGCUUUCUGCGAGGCGGCGGAAACGGAGAGGAACGACGGGGCAUCGAUCUCUCUCUCCACGUGAAAACAAAAUCAGUCGAAGAUGGUAAGGAGCGCAGGGCUGAGUCCGGGACCGCAACACCAUUAUAGCCAUUUCAUGACAACGUCUUCUACCGCUAUACCAGUGACACUCAGGGGACACACUCUUCAGCAGGGAUCCCCUCCCUUCUGAAUUCCCCACUCAGCCAGCACUCUGUGAACAGCCUCUCUGUACCAGUACCAGGCAUGACUCCAUCCAGCGGGGCCACCACCUUUAUCCCCUUCAAAUUCCGCCCACGCAGAGAGAGUGUGGAUUGGCGUCGAAUUAACGCAGUGGACAUAGACCUGGUGGUGAGUCAGCUGGAUGUGGAUGCUCUUCAGGAGCACAUCAGCACAGUCACCUUCUGCAGCUUGGAUGGGGAGCGAUGCCAGCGAUGCCAGAGCCCCGUGGACCCGGCUCUGGUCAAGCUCCUCCGCCUGGCCCAGCUCACAGUGGAGUGGCUCCUUCACUGCCAGGAAUUUCUCACCCUUAACCUGUGUGCGGUGGAGGAGAGGCUGACAGCUUCCAGCAGGGAGCGUGAGCAGCUGCUGGCUCAGCAGAAGAAGCAGGAGGAAAAGGUGAAGAUGCUAACCAGCGAGCUCAAGCAAAGGAAGAAGGUCAUUCGCACUCAGCAGUCCAUGCUCACGCCACGAAUCAUCAGCAGCCAGAAGUGCCUACAUUGUGAGAAAUCCUUCCUUAAUUCCUCCUUUCUCCAGAAUCACAUGCAGCGCCGCCACCCUGACGAGUACGAGAUGCAGUUGCUCUCAGAUAGUGAGAAGAAGUCUCAGAUUGAAAGUCUCAGAUUGGAGAACAGCAGUCUGAAAGAGCAGAUUGUUCAGCUGCAACAGGCCUUGCAAGCCAAAAGAGCACAGGAGAAAGAGCAGCAGUCCAUGUACAAAGAGCUGCUGAGAGAGCUGGACUGUCUUAAGGCUGAAAUGGCCCGUGUGGAUAGAAAGAUUGAAGACAGCAGGGAUGGCAUGCGCAGGGAGAUGGAGUUUCAUUACAGUAGAAAUGUUCAGGUUCUUAAUGAAACAAACCAGAAUCAGGCAGCCAGGUAUGAGAAAUCAGCUAGCCCUGUUCACUCCCAGCCAGAGAGGGACAUGGACAUCUACAAAGAGAUGCAGAUACAAACUAUUCAGAAGCUGGAACACCAGCUGAAGAGACAGGAUAAAAAGUGGGAAUCCAGGCUACAGGAAAUUAAGGCUCAGCAUGAGUCUGAAAAGAAUCAGCUGCUGAACGAGCUGAGUAGAAUGCAGUCGUCCGUGUCGGAGCACCAGAACCGAAGCAAGAGGCUGCAGCAGGAAAUGAGCAGAAGGCUACAGGAGAACAAGCAAACCAUCAAGGCUCAGAGAGAGCAGAUAAGGAACAUUUCCUCAAACCCACCUACCAAAGUCGUGGAAGUACCUGUGAUGGUCAGUGCACCAGCACCUCAGCCUAAAUCAAAAAGAGUUGGACUUGAUUCGAGGAGCAUCUCUGAGAGGAAGCCAGAGGCUGUACCAGAGAAGAAACAGAGGGUAACCACCAGUAUUCAAAAAGGGAACGCCAACAUAAAGAAAGGAAUGAGACCAGAGCUUGAGCAGGCUGUCAUUACAAAGCUGGAGAACCUGGGGGUCAAGCCUGAUCAGACUGGCUUGAAGAACAAGGAGCUCACUUCCCUCCUGGCCAAGCUGCAGUCAAAGCGGGACAGCUCUGCUAAGGGGAUGCCUGACUACUGGCGCCACCGGGAGGAGAUAGCCAGUACUGUGGAACAGAAGCUGGGUGGUCAGCGAAGAGGCAGUGAUCCUGCUCCUGAAUCACAGGCCAGAUCCAGACAGUCAGUUCAAGUGUUGCAGAUCCGGCCUCGAUCCAGUAGCCUUCCUUCCAGAGCAACCCAGGUCAUGUCUGCAUCUGCAGUCAAACAACCCAAGACCCCCCAGCCGGCACCAAGGACCAAAACUACAGCCCCACCAAAGACAUCUAUACCCAACACCAAGAGCAUACCGAGGACGUUCACAACCAAGACCCCUCCUUUCAGCUCUGAUAACGAAUCGGAUGAAGAGAUGACAGACACAGAGGAGGAACAGCCCCAGGACCACCCGAGGGCCAAAUCACUGCAGCCCACACUAAACCAGACAGCCCUGGUCCAAAACAGAAUUGAGGCCAGGCAGGCUCCAACCAGGCAAUUUUUGUCCAACCCCCAGCAGUCCAGGGGGUCAGUGGGUGCUGUGACCAAGACGGCAGUCACAGAGAUGGAGAGCAAUGACGACGAAGACUGGUCAGACGUCAGUGAGCUGCAGGAGGUUGACCCCAGACAGCUGCAUAGUUACAGAGACCAGAACAGAAACAUGGGCAAAACAAACUCUGGUAAAGAAAACAAAAGCAGUGACCUCACCAGAAAAAUGGAGAGACAGUUUGCAGAGAGAGUGGUAAAGAAACCAGCAGGGGGUGUCAGCAUUUUAACAGAGAGGAAAGAUGAGGUUCAGGAACUCAGGUACUCGGAUCAAGAGGAUAGCAGUGACUGGGUGGUCUCCUCCUUAGAGGAAAAACAGGAAGUAUCUAAACCAGCCCAGGUCUCUGGACCUCUGAGGAAGAGCCUGGAGUCAUCCAGCACCAGUGUCUGGGGAACCUCCACAGGAAAGGGCCCAAAAUCAGGUCUGACGGAAGCUGGAACAGGAAGCAGUCUGAAGAGCAGCCUUUACUCCCUCAGUGACGUCAGUGACUCUGAGGACAUUAGCAAUAAACACCACAGCUGAUCAGGAGAUGCAGCACAAACACAAAGACCUCAGUUAGCUCCUCUGACAUCUGCAUUACAGAUUGCCAAAUAGCCAAAUUUUAUAUAGAAGCUUUUAUAAAGACCUGAGUGAUAUUUAAGGAGUUAGUCUGUUCAAGACUGAGACUUUUUGUUUAGAGAAGAAGCCCAUCUAAUACAGUACAUAUUUUAGAGGGAAAUGAGCUUCCAACUUUGAUUGACUUUUUAUUCUCACCUUCCGCCUUGUACCAAUUGUAGUUUCCUUUUAUGUGUAUUCAGUGAAAUAUAACCAAUGCUCAGUAAGGUAUUUGUGGUACAGUAUGUGUAAAAUAUUGUAUAACAAAUUCUUUAAUGUGUUCAUGUGAGAUUUUUGUAUAGCAAAUAUUUAUACAUACAAUUAAAGAUUUCUUUGUAGAACACAUGCUUGAAUACUACAGGUAUGUGCCAAAAAAUUAGAAUAUCGAGGGAAAGUCCAUUUAUUUCAAUAAUUUUUUUCA